GUUCUCAUGCUGAGCAGCAGAUACACUUACAUACUCCUCUUAUUGAUACCUAUAUUGGUGGCAUACUUCAGUAAUAUGAUUUAUCAUUCAUUUUCAUUUUCAUGAAAGCUUGUUUUACUCUCCUGAUUUCAUUAGGUCAGCCACUCACUGAACAGGCACCUCCUGUUCCAUUUUACUGUGUAACUUUUAAACAUGACCUGAUAAGCUAGGAAAAGUUCAGUGCACUAACUCACUGUCGUGUAAAAUACACAAAGACAUUAAUGACCUGCUCUGACUGUUGAACCACAAAGGAGGUACGAGAGCCCUGCAGUGGUUAUGGCACCAACCUGGAAAUAGCAUGGAAGGAUUGGACCAAGGUAUAAUUCUCUUCCCUUAGCAAACUGUCCUGACCCCAAGGUUGAAAAGCUAUUCACACCUGUGCUUAUGAGGACUUACAAUUGAUUAUUUCCGGGAAAAAUGAAAAAUACUCCAAUUACAGCUCAUUUAUGGUAAGUGGAAGAAGUACAAUCCUGAACAGCUGGGAACAGUAUAGAAGCUGUUGUGAUUAUUGUAUAUGAAGCAGCCAUGGAAAGGAGGAUUUCAACAGUGGUCUUCUUAACUCCACAGAGGACCUUUAAGGGCUACACCACAUUUUCCCCAUCUACAAAAAGUACAGGUAAUGUGUCCCCAGUUAUUUGGUAAGCCUACUGGGAGAGAUUUAUGUAAAGUCCUCUGAGAUUUUUGCUGUAAAAUAGGCCAUGCACAUGUAAUACAGUUAUCAUGUAAUGAAUGGGAAGAUGUCUAAAGCUAAUUUUGAAGUAUGUGUGUCUUUGCAGCCUUUAAAAAUGCACUGCAAGAGUUGUGCGUUGGUAACCAGCUCUGGACACCUUCUGGGAAGUAAACAAGGUGACAGAAUCGACGAGACAGAGUGCGUAAUACGAAUGAAUGAUGCACCUACUCGAGGUUAUGGAAAAGAUGUUGGAAACAAAACGAGCCUUCGAGUCAUUGCACACUCCAGUAUUCAGAGGAUUCUGCGAAAUCGCAAUGAACUCUUAAAUAUGAGCCACGGUGCUGUGUUUAUCUUCUGGGGUCCCAGCAGCUACAUGAGGAGAGAUGGUAAAGGCUUGGUAUAUAAUAACCUGCAGCUGAUGAAUCAGAUACUGCCUCAGUUAAAAGCAUAUAUGAUUUCUCGCCACAAGAUGCUUCAAUUUGAUGACCUUUUUAAACGGGAAACUGGGAAAGACAGGAAGAUAUCCAACACUUGGCUUAGCACGGGCUGGUUCACAAUGACUAUCGCAUUAGAGCUCUGUGACAGGAUAAAUGUUUAUGGCAUGGUGCCACCGGAUUUCUGCAGGGAUCCUAAUCAUCUUUCAGUACCUUAUCAUUAUUAUGAACCUUUGGGACCUGAUGAAUGCACAAUGUACAUUUCACACGAGCGGGGACGAAAGGGCAGUCAUCAUCGUUUCAUCACAGAGAAACGAGUGUUUGAGAACUGGGCACGGACAUUCAAUAUUCACUUUUUCCAACCAGACUGGAAACCAGAACCACUCGCUGUAAAUCACCCCGAGAUUAAACCAGUGGUCUGAGGGAUGAGUGCACAAGGCCACAACCACAGCCACCUACUGUGUCAGCCUUGGGGGUGUUGGACCUUCUGGGACAGCAAGGCAACCUAGAGGAGAAGGGUAACAGGAUUUGCAGCCGAUAACUGCAACAGCAGUCAGGAAGUUACGAGAUGAAGGAGCAGAGCGUAUCAAGAGUACUUUCUAUCGAACUGUGUAUUAAUCCAGUAUAUAGCCUCUUCUGGCCAUCUGACUUCCUGUGUGUGUAUGUGAUUUGUGAAAAAAAAACGGAGUAUCAUUAACGGAUUGUUAAUUCAUUAUGGUUUUUUAAAUUACAAUGCCACUGAAUUUUCAUAGUGAAAACUUAAGUAUUUAUUUAAUGGAGGUUUUUAUGAAACCUAGGCCAGUAUUUUUCUAAUUCACUGUUAUGUGGUUGUUUAUCUUUCAUAAUCUUUCAAAUCCAAAAUUACUAUUGCUGAUGGUUUGAAAGGCCUAGCUUUUUAUUUAUAAAAUUUGUUUUAAAAGUAUGAUUCUAUAUAGCAUGUAAUGAAUAUUUGAUCUGGAAAUAUUGCAUUCCUUUUAAAAAUUUUGGGCUCUGUUCCAGCCUAAAGCCUUUAACAGCAAGAAUGGUCCCAUGUGCAGAUCUAGCUAACUUUACAUUCUGACAUCUCAUGUUAAUAUGAAAACGGUGGUGAAAAUUCUGUUUGAUAUUAAUGUGCAUUUGCUGCUGUGCUAUCAAGCUGCUGGUUUUUUAAUUAGGGGUGGGAGGAAGGAGGGCAAAGUUAAUC